AUGCCCCUUGAAUACAACACCGCCCCAUUCCGCCGGAACCACGAGAAACAAAAAAGACUACCCCCUUGGCUAACUAAACACCCUGCGGUUCUGAAUACGCUGAAGACAGUAAGGUGGUUGUUACCUCUCUCUGCGGGGGUGCUUUGGGCGGGAGCUUGGGGGUUUAGUCCAGAGUAUUUCGAUUAUGGGGUACUGAGGAGUAAGACGGGGGGUGCGAGUGGGGGAAGGGUAAGGUUUGGAGGGUUGGGGUUCUGCGUAGGGAACGAGUGCACCAUCUCGCCGUGGUAUGAGAUCCCACCGGGUUAUCUACCCGGAGAACUUACGGCCUAUCUUCCUUGUUUGUUGACGUUAUUCAACUUGCUCGGCGGCCUGGUAUUACUACUCUGGUGUUUCUGUCGAUACGCCACCCGCCCACUCGCCUACUUCCGAACAUGGCGGAAAAACCGCCCCAUCCACAAAUCCGCCAAACAAUGUGGAACCAAGGUCAAAUCCGACUCUAUGGACCUGUACACGACCGAACCGUUCACUCCCUACAUCUUCUUCGACGCGGCCACACCAGGCAUCCAUCAUUCCCUGGAAGCGUUCACGGUGAUCAGUAUGGGCUUGACGAUAAGUUUCUUUGUGUCCUAUGAUGGAGAGACGGGAGGAGGGGUUCAGAUGGUCGCAGCAGGGUGGGGGUGUUUUUUGGCGUGGAGAGGGUUGGAGUGUUUGUGGGAGACUUGGGAGGAGAGUGUGAGUUAUCUGGAAAAGAGCGAGAAGGGGAACGGAGCGGGAAGGGGGCGGGAGGGGACACAUGAGGUUGUUUAG